GGAGUCGCGGGCCCUGGCUCGGUGCAGACGCUGGGAACCGCGGGAGGACGAGGUCGGAGCAGAGAAGUGGACAUGUGCACUGUGGGCUGGCGGCGCCGCCGGGCGCCCGGGGCCGUGUGGGUGCACUAGACAGUGUGCGGGCUGCGCCGUGGCUGAGCCGUCUGCUGGGGCGGUGUGGUGAGGUGCGGUGAGCUCUACCCGACUGGCAAGAGGAGGAGGGCCUAGGUCCACACGCUAGGUGGCUGCUGUCCAGGCAGACCUACAUGGGAGGCGAAACCAUAAUGAGAAGGUUGUGUGGUGAGUAUGGAAUCAGAAUGAGAGCUUGUGGCCCCACUUUGAUAGCCCUGGCCUGUAAGGUGGCCUGAUGAUAACCAGCUGGCUGCAGCGACGCUCUUGCUAGAGCAUCACCAGGAUACCAGGAGCCCCCGUCUGCAGCCCCUGCCCUCCCCCGUCGCCAACCAGAUCAGAUCUGACCCGAGGGCGCAGGGUGGGCUCCCCUGUAGAUGGUGGAUGAGCCAUGCUUUGCGGCCUGCCUUUUCAUGCCCUCUCCCCAUAAAAAUCCUAUCAGUCAAUUAUUGGUAUAAAAAUAUGGUCCAAUGUGUCAUAUUGGCACAGAAGACGUUUUUGUCCCUUUAAAGCAGCUCUUUGUGUUGAAUCGUUUCGGGGCUGACCCGAAAACUCAACUCUUAGAUGCUAUUUCUUGCCUUUUAAAAUUGGGGUUGGGGGCAGUUCCUCGAGAGCGGACAACGGCCAGGAGAUGUUGCUGCAGAGUGGUAAGUGCCAAGCUUCCGUGGUGAAGGCAGGCCCAGGGCCAUGUGGUGAUGCUCUGAGAGGGGCCAUCCAGCAGAACAGAGGGGGAGUUGUGGCUGGCGUGGUUGGGGUAGUGGUCAUUUACUCCACGCCCACACGCCUCUGUAAAAUUGUUACCCGAACAGCCCCUCUUGUCCACAUGCACGCAGUCACAGUUGAUUGGACCAGACUGGACCCUUGAGCCUAGAGCACUGGUUCACCAAGCCUGGCUCCUGGAGUGCUUGCUGGGGAAUCACAGACCUUCUAAACCAUCGCCCUGGAGAGACAGGCGCAUGUCUCACAGGCACCCCAGGUGUGAGCACCACGCCCUGGAUGGCCUCGAGCCUGGCGUGCACACGUCUCGGAGAGCCUGGGCGAGCAGAGGGCCCCAGCCCGGGAGGUGAGGCCUGGCCUGGGGCAGCACUGUGCUCCGUGGGCCUGCUGAAGCAGAGAUGUCAGCCUGCAGAAAGAGGCGGGAGGAUGGAGCCAACGAGAGGAGAGAAGAGGCCGGACGCCCCGCGGUCCCUGAGAAACGGAGAGAGUAACCUCCUCGGUUCCUGACCUAAAGUUCUCAAUUCCAGCCCCUUUCAUGAGGCGCCUGGCGUUUUGACUCUGUUCCUGUGGAUUGCUGCUUGUCCUGACGUUCCAGAGAGGCUCCUGUUCCUGAAACAGCGGUUUUGGAACUUCCUCUACGUGGAAUUUGUGGGGCCUUGGAAGACCCCGCUCACACCCGAAACCUCUGCCUGGAUUGGUUGCAGCCCGGGCCGCGCGCCGAGGAGGAGAUCAUUGCGCUCUCGGUCCUCGAGCAGAACUGACGGUCCUCCCAGAGCCGGUCGAGCCCCGGGCGCCGGCGAGGAGGCCGGGGGACUGCGAGGCGCUCGUCAGCCUGCGGGAGUGGCACGCAGAGAUGUACGAGCCCGAAGACGAUAGCAGCAGUGACAGCCACAGUGAGAGCAGCAUGAGCCGCAGGGCCGCAGAGUCGCCGCCGCGCUCCGCCCACUCCUUCUCCAGGGACCGGGACCGGGACUGGGACCAGGACUGGGACCGGGACCGAGACCGGGACUGGGACCGAGACUGGGAGCGAGACGGAGAGCGGAACCAGGACCACCGGAGGGGCAGGAGCCGGGACCUGGAGGCCCGUGACCGCUGGCCGUACGCCAGGACCCCCAGAAGCAGAUUUCCUCAGCGGGACCUUUCCCUUCCCCUGAUGGAGAGAAAGGCGUUUGCGAAGGGAAGGGAGCACAAACACAGAGACUCCGCGGUGGGCUACGAGGCGAGGUCCCAGGACACAGUGUCGUACCAGGACAUGGGGGACCUCGCCGAGGACCGGAAGCUGCAGAACCCGAUUCAGGACAACAUGGAGAACUACCGGAAGCUGCUCUCGCUGGGGGUUCAGCUUGCUGAAGACGAUGGCCACUCGCACAUGACCCAGGGCCACUCGUCGAGGUCAAGGAGAAGCGCCUACCCGAGCACCAGCCGAGGUCUGAAGACGCUGCCCGAAACCAAAAAGCCGGCGCAUCGGCGCGGGAUCUGUGAGGACGAGUCCUCGCACGGGGUGAUCAUGGAGAAGUUCAUCAAAGACGUGGCGCGCAGCUCCAGGUCGGGAAGGGCCAGGGAGCCCAGCGAUCGGCCGCAGAGGCUCCCCCGCAGGCCGGACGGUGGCUGGAAGGAGGUGUCGGUUAGCAAGAGGGAGGCGGUGAUCCAGGAGCGGGCUUGCGAGGGCGGGGCCCUGGGGGGAGGGGGCUUUCCGUGUAACGCAAGCCUGGUUUCCAAGAAGAGAGUUCUCGAAAGAAAGCGGCGCUAUCCCUUUGACGAGGACGGGAAGGGCUCCGUGCACGAUCAGAGGGGCUGUGCGAGGAAGCGGCGCUUCUAGUGCGGUGAGGUGAGAAAGGCCGCGAGCGUGAGCAGCCUCAGCGCGCCGCCCCUGCCGGGCUCGCCGCCGCUGGUCCUCGGGGCGAUGCCCUACGUGUGUGACGAGUGCGGGCGGUCCUUCGGCGUGAUUUCCGAGUUUGUCGAGCAUCAGAUCAUGCACACCAGGGAGAGCCUGUACGAGUACGGCGAGUCCUUCAUCCACAGCGUGGCCAUCAGCGAGGUGCAGAGAAGCCAGGCGGGCGGGAAGCGCUUCGAGUGCAAGGAGUGCGGUGAAACCUUCAACCGGAGCGCUGCUCUGGCCGAGCACCGCAAGACCCACGCUCGGGAGAAUCUGGCUGAGGGUCAGGCCGAGGUGUGCGAGGAGCCCUUCCUGCCCAGCCCGACCUUCAGCGAGCUCCAGAAGAUCUACGGGAAGGAGAAGUUCUACGAGUGCAAGGUGUGCAAGGAAACCUUCCUCCACAGCUCGGCGCUGGUGGACCACCAGAAGACCCACGGCCGGGAGGCCCGAGCCGGCGAGCGGGCGGAUGCCUUUCAGCCCAGCCCGGCGCCCAAAGAGCUGCCCCGGCUGUACGGCCGAGAGAAGCUGUACGAGUGCAGGGUGUGUGGCGAGACCUUCCACCACAGCGCCGCCCUGAGGGAGCACCAGCAGGUCCACGCCCGGGGCCACCCGCCGGAAAGCCGGGGCAGAGCCUGCGAGGAGACCUUCGUGCCCGGCCAGUCCCUGAGGAGACGCCAGAAGACGUACCCGAAAGAGAAGCUCUACGACUUUGCAGCCGCCGGGGAGGCCUUCAGGCAGGGCUCCCACCUCCUCGAGCCGCAGAAGAUCCGCUCUCGGAGGGAGCUCUUCGAAGGCCGGGGGUACGACAAGUCUGCCGUGCACGGCGUGUCCUUCCCCGAGUCGCAGAAGAGUCACACCAUAGCCAGACCCCCCGAGAACGAGGAGGACGAGAGGGCCUUCACCGUCAGCUGCAGCCCCGCCAGCAGCCGGGAGGCCGCGGCCGGCGAGAGGUCUGUUCUUCGCAGCUCGGCCUUUGCCGCGGCUCAGAGAAGCCACAGCGCCGCGGGGCCCAGCAGGCCGCGGGGCUUCGCGGAGUCGACUGUCCACAGCUCAGGGGUCAUCUCGCGGCGGCAGGUGCCGGCUGGAGAGAGCAGCUUGGAGAGGAGGAGGCUCGAGAGCUCCGUCAUCCACAGCCUGGCUGCGCUCAAGCCUCCCAGAGGUCGCGGGGGCAGGGAGCUGCUCGGAGGCGGCGAGAAGGGGGCGCCCUCCACCUACCUCGCGGGCCUGCGUGAGCAGCAGAGAGCUCCCGCCAGGGAGGGCCCUCACGAGGGCGGCGCGGAGGACAUCUCCCAGGGCUCCGGUGCCCGCAGCGCGUCCCAGGCCGAAGCACAGCCUUCCGGAGAGGGUCCCAGCGGUGUCAAGACGGCCGGCGAGGCCUCUGUUCCCGGCUCCGGCGUGCGCGAGCACCAGAAGGCUCGCGCCAAGAAGAAGAACAUUGAGCACAGGAACUACGACGCCUCCGUGACCCACUCCCUGCGCUUUGGUCAGCCUCUCACGUUUCGCCCUAGAGAGAAAUUUUAUGAAUGUCCAGAGUGUGGCGAGUCCUUUGCGCGUAGCUCCGACCUCACGGAGCAUCAGAAGAUUCACGACAGAAAGAAGCCCUCUGGAGGGAAAAACUACAUUCGGUCUGUCAUCCGCAGCUUAGCUUCUGCUGACCCUCAGACCAGUUACGCAGGCUGGGCAGCUCAGGCCAGUUUCGCUGAGCCGCAGCCUCAGACCAGUUACGCCGAGCCUCAGCCUCAGACCAGUUACGCCGAAGCCCCAGCUCAGACCAGGUUCGCUGAGCCGCCCGUGCGCAGCGAGUGUAAGGAGUGUGGGGAGUACUUCGCCACCCUUGAGGACCUGGGUGCCCAUCAGAAAAUCUAUGCCCGAGAGAAGCUCCACGUGGGGAAGCUGUUCGGCGGCUCCGUUGUGCAGAGCGCAGGCGGCGCGGGGCCGCAGCAGGACGAGCUGGACGAGCUGGACGAGGCCGAAGACUCCAUCUACGGCUGCAAGGACUGCGGGCUGGGCUUCGCGGACCGCGCAGACCUGAGGGACCACCAGAAGGUGCACGGCCGCGAGUACCUCAUCGACAGCCGCGAGUACACGCACUCGGUGGUGCACACGCACUCGGUGAGCGAGUACCAAAAGGACUACACGGGCGAGCAGCUCUACGAGUGCCCCGCCUGCGGCGAGUCGUUCGUGCACAGCUCCUUCCUCUUCGAGCAUCAGAAAGUCCACGAGCAAGACCAGUUUUACGGCCAGCGAAGGUACGAGGAGCCCUUCCUGCAGCCCCUGGUCAUCAGCCCGCGGGGGCCGCGGGCCCCGCAGAAGAGCCCUGCGGGUACGUCCCUGCUGUGCCAGGUGUGCGGGCGGGACUUCAUCCACGGCUCCGUGCUCAGCGAGCACAUGCGCGUCCACGCCGGCGAGGACCUGCCGGAGCAGGGCGGGAGGGCCGAGGCCGCGGGCGGCCCCAGCGCGGCCCCCGCGGCGCCGCCCAGGGAUGAGGCCGAGGAGAAGCGCUACGCGUGUGAGACGUGCGGCGAGUCCUUCCGCAGCCAGGCCGAUCUCCGCGAGCACAUGCGCACCCACGAGAAGGAGGAGCCCUACGACUACGGGGCCACCUUCGUGCACACGUCCUUCCUCACGGAGCCCCCCAAGAGGGACUCGCCCUUCUACGAGUGCAAGGACUGUGGCAAGUCGUUCAUCCACAACACGGUCCUCACCAAGCACCAGAAGCUCCACCUUGAGGAGGAGGAGGCGGCCGCCGCCGCGGCCCAGGAAGUGGAAGCCAACGUCCUGGUCCCGCGGGAGGUUUUGCGCAUCCAGGGCUCCAACGUGGAGGCCGCGGAGCCCGAGGUAGAGGCCGCCGAGCCGGAGGUGGAGGCCGCCGAGCCGAACGUGGAGGCCGCCGAGCCCAACGGGGAGGCCGAGGGGCCUGAGGGCGAGGCCGCGGAGCCCAACGGCGAGGCCGAGCAGCCCAACGCGGAGGCGGAGCAGCCCAACGGCGACGCCGACGAGCCGGAUGGUGCGGGCAUCGAAGACCCGGAGGAGAGGGCGGAAGAGCCCGAGGCAGACGCGGACGAGCCAGACGGCCUCGGGGUGGAGGACCCGGAGGAGGAGGGCGAGGACCAGGAGAUCCAGGUGGAGGCACCCUACUACGGCUGCGGGGAGUGUGCGGAGACCUUCACCUCCAGCUCGGCCAACGGCGAGCACCUGAAGAGCCACGCCAGGGUGAUGACCUUCGAGCCCGGCAGCGUCUGCGGGGAGAACUCCCAUCCCACCGAGCACGCCAGCACCAGCGGCAGCGGCAGGGCCGACGACAAGUACUUCAAGUGCGACGUCUGCGGCCAGGUCUUCAGCGACCGCCUGUCCCUGGCCAGGCACCAGAACACCCACACGGGUUGAGGGCGCAGGGGUCGAGGUUGGAGGCCCUUCAUUCAGGACCGGACCCUUCCUAGACCGCAGAGAACUGGAACCCACCCCCCGUGAUGGCAGAAGGAAACCCCUAGGCCUGUACACAUCUGACUUUGUGAAUCCGACGGCUUGGCCUGGCCGGGAGCGGGAGGUACAGGCCCCUUCGGUCCCAGCGCUUCCCCGUCCAAUGGCGCCUGCGCGCGGGGGAGCCCAGCGCACACCUCCCUUCCCCUGUCCUCCCACGAUGGAAAGCACCAGGGGGUUCCGAGGCUACAGGAACUGCCCCAUCACCUGUAAAUGACCCUCUCGUCACCUAGAGGUCGUAAUUCCUGAGGUGUAUGUAAAAUAGCACAUCAUAGCCGACAGGAUCGCAUGUAUUUGGAUUCACUGUGGUACCGGUAAUGGCUCACAUGCAGAGGUACCUUGCCCGGUACUCUUGGAAUUGUUGUUUUUUUUUUUUCUGGAGGAGGAAGAGAGCAACAAAUUAGAAUAUAUUUGUACGCAUCUUAGAUCCUUAGAAAGAUUUAUCGUGCGUUUAUGACCCUCCCCCGCCCCCGUCAGUAUCGUUUUGAGUGAUUGUGUUGUGCCUCACUGCUAACUAUUCCUCUGAAGGUGUAGCCAUGAAAGAUAAGCCAUCUUUCGUGCUUUGCUGUCUGAAAAGGAAGUGCUUGAAGCUUCCUUUCCAGCCGUUCCGUCUACACCGACGCCUUGGAACCUAACCCUGUGUAUACGCCUUUGCAGUGUGUGGAUUGGCCUUUUGUGACCCCAGAUUUAGUGGUUGCCACACCUUGUCGCCUGCAGUGGUUCUCGUGCAAAAAUAUUACAAGUUUUUUUUUUUUUUUUGAAACCAGCUUGGUGUGUGUUUGAGAGUGAAUUCACAAAAGCCGAAGCUUUUCCCUGUAAAUCUUACGUCUUUGCCUUUAAAGAGUGGGUUGCAACCAUCACUAGAUCACGAGUGUGCCUGAUGAAGGUUGAGAACCACAGGGGAGGCUCCCACCUUGUAAAUAAGGACGCAGGCGCCGAUUCCGUCACUUCCUUUGUGCGCUUCCUGCCUUAAGUGACAAGUAGCAACGUGGCUCCGUCCGUCCGUCUGUGUUGCCACAAGUCUGUUUGCACCCUGGGCGCCCAGGAGCUAGUAUCCUUAGAGCUUUGUACCGUGAAACUCCAUUCUCGUCUUCACCUCAACCCUGACCCUCGACCCUGUGUCUAACUUAUAUUUAAAAAAAAAAAAAGAAGAAGAAGUUCUUGACAGCCAACUCGAGCUUCACAUGGACUCAGGUUCCCCAGCAGCCUUAAUUUGUUCUGUUGCCGCCGGGCCCUUCCUCCCAGCUGUCCUCUUGUCUGUCUGGUGGCCUCAGUUUCCCCUGUGAUCACAAGCUGACCUCGUGGCUCGCGGUUUCCUGGGUCGUGCUCUGUGGGCCUCCCCUGCUCCUUUUGCUUCCCCGUCCCUCACAUAAUGACUAUUUAAGAAGUUUUUUGGCUUUGAGUUGGCUGGAAAAAAAAUUUAAAAACUAAAAAAAAUUAAAAAAAAAACUUAAAAAAAAAGAGGAUCUUGGAGAUUAAGAGAGCGAAAGGUAAGAACAGGUAAUUUGGGCAAUCAAAAUUAAAACCCUGCUGGGGAAAUGUGUCUGAAUCUCACUCUCCUGGACCCUCCCAGCAAGGGAUCGGGAGGGCGUGUGGGAGCUGGAGGGGGUGCCAGAGUCACGGAGGCUGUGGACCGGGAGCGGGAAGCAGGAGGGAGGAAGCCGAAGCCGGCCGUCCUGCUAGGCCGCCAGACCCAGGAGGGUGAGGAAGCAGACAGGAGAGACAGCAGAAGCAGGGACCAGAAGGCCAAGGGGUGGGAACCACCGGGCAAGAGCUCGGGCAGGUUGGAAGAAGGGGCCUUGUUGGUGGCACAGCGUGACUGAGGGCCAGCGGCAUAAAAAGACCUGCGGUUGGAACCCACACCCAGGGGACGCAGGGACCGGGAAACGGAGCCCGCGCUGGCGUUGGCCGGGUGAGCCCGGGUGCAUCGCCCUUGGAAGCACGAAGUAGCAGACCCUUUUCAGAAAGCAGCUUGCCAAACAUCAGGGUGUCUGUUCCAACCUUAGGUUAGUGAAAAUUAGGAACAACGUCUAAAUGCCAAAAAUAGGAAAACAGUUAAGAGAACAUGUCUGUGGAAUCGUACGCAGCUGCUUAAAAAUGAUAAUCAUGAAGAGUUAUGUAGCAACGUGGAAAUAUAUUUACGGAAUACUGAGUGGAAGAAACAGGACGCAGAAUUAUAUUUAUACUACAGCUAUACCUGUUUAAAAAUGUAUGCUUAUAGUCAAAAGCCGUUGUGGUGGUGUUGUUGUAGUUGCUUAUAGCUGAGCAUUAUUUUCUUAAAUUCCUUGAACGUUCCAUAUGGUAGCGUUACUAAAAAGUCUGUCAUCACUUUUCCAUUGUGAACAUAAUUUGGAAAAUACAGAACAGUGGAGGGAAAAAAAAAUCCAUCUACUCACCAUCCAAAGACAGGUAUACUCCUCAGCAUAUGGUUUAUUCUCGUUUCUGUGCACAGGUUUAUGAUCCUAACUGUGUCAGCUGUGUAUUCAAAUAGCUGUUACUUUCGUGGAAUUACAAUUAAACACGCUCAUCCUCACCGUUUCAGAUGUUCCUUAUAACGGUGUCCUGAUGACAAGGUUGAUUAUGUGUGUUUCCAUUACAAACAUAACACACACCCAGAGGAAAAAUUGGAAAAUUCAAAAUAAAUGAGAGAAGGAAAAAAAGGUCACCCAUAUUCCCAGCACCUAACAACUGCCGCAAACACCUUGCUGUGUUUCCUCCAUCUCGUUUCAGUGCACAAGCUUGUGAUUAUGACAGUGUGAAGUAUGUGUGCAUACAGUCUCAAAUGAAAAACAUGCGGAAAAUAAUUAAAACAGUGUUGUCGUUGUGGGAGUAUGGUUAACUAUUUUGUCUCAAAUUCCUUGAAUGAUCCUAGGUGUUUGGUAUUCAAUCUUAGCAUAUGUAUUUUUCCAUUCCAAGUACAAUACAUACUCAUGGCAAACUUUGGGGAGAUUUCAGGAAAGUGGAAGAAAAGAAAUGCACCCAGGCUCCUGGCACCUGUCGCCAUUGCUGUUUACACCUCGAACCUGUGCACGGUCUGGCUGUUGGGCUGUUUAGGACGAGUACGUGGUGUGUCAAAGACGGGAAGAAACACGGAAAACAGCUGAGAAAUGGUUGUGUGGUCGUUGUGGGUUUAUGGUCAAGUAUUUUGUCCUGGCUUUCUGGAACGGUCUUCAUCCGAGUGUUUUGGUGACCUACCUUUAUUCCAUGUAUUUCCAUUAUAACCCCAGUAUGUGUUCAUCAUAGAAACUUGGAAGUUACAGAAAUGUAGAAGAGAGACUCACCCAUAUUGUCAUCCAAAGGCUGUGGUUAACAUGCUGAUACAAUUUUUUCAUCUUGUUUCUGUGCACAGGUUUUUGGUUUGUUAAUAUGGUUGUGGUCGUUCUAUCUAUCUGUAAUAGUGUCACCAGUAAAAAUAAAGUUAAAAAUAAGAUA